AUGGCGCAGCUUGAUGCUUUAAAGCCCGUAGAUGGCCUCGAGGCCCAACGUUCGGAGACGCUGGCAUGGCUCACAACAGAGCAUGAAGUGGAGAUGCAAGCUUUCGUACACCAGCAUCUGCUGAGUAUGCUGAGUCCUUUUUCCCAGCGGCUGAAGGAUCUACAAGACGAGAUCGAGGCAUGCAGAGAUGACUUGAACCGCAAGGCCGAGCAGCUGAAGCACACGGACACCGUGGUGAAGCAGCAUGGACAGGAGUUGAUGACCUUAACCAUGGACGUGAAUCAGGCGCAUGCAGCUGUUGGAGGGCUGAGGCAGGAGCUCCUGCCGGAGAUAAGCAAAAAGAUUGACGAGCACAAGGUGGAGGACGAGUUUGUCCAGGUUCGACAGGAGCAGAAGCGAUUGCAGAACGACUUGUCGUCCAACCACGAGGUACAGGCCAGGGUUGACGGUGAACUGCGGGACCUGCAAGUCGCUCAAAGGAAGACCUCGUCCGCAGUGGCAGAGGUCACGGGCGAGCUGCAUGGUCUUCGGGAGUCCAACGACUUUCUGAGCCACUGUUACUCCGGGAUAUCUGGCCGUGUCGAGCAAGCGAAGCGAGUUGCAGACGACACGCAGUCGGCUUUCUCAAAGUUUCAGCACACGGCUACGAAUCAGCUGGAGGAUCUCAAGAAAAAUGGCCUACCACGACUUUCCUCGCGCAUCGAUUCCCUGGAGGCAAAGCAAAGAACGCUGGCAAAAGAAGCGCAAGCUGAUGUCGAAUCACUUGCACAGGUCAAACUUCAAGUUGCACAUCUCACAACAGCUUUGGCUAGCUUGGACGAAUCUGUGCAGGAAGGCCAGAAAGUAGACACAGCGCAGACCAGCCUGGUGCACGAAGAGUCGAUCAAUCGCAGGGGCAAGUUGGAGCGAAUCAACACGAAGGUCGAUGAAACCAAGGCUGAGCUCACAGAGCUGGCCCAAACUCUGCACUCGGACCUCUCAAGGCGCAUGAACGACUUGGCGGUUCUUCUGGAUACCAAGAGCCACACCAUUCGAAGCAACACUGCUGCCAUCAGAACUGUCGAGAGUGGUCUCAAUGCCCUGGGCAGCGAUGUGCGGUCUUCCGCGGCCAAGAUUGGUGAGCAGGGCAUUGUGCAGGAGAGGCUUGUGGAGCAGGCCAGAGUCGCUGAGACGGAGAUCCACAGCCUUUUCGACUUCCGGAAAGAAGCCAUGACCAAGCUGCAGGAGCAUGAUGCUGCGUGUACUCGCUUGGACUUGCGUCUCCAGAGCGUGGACCGUGAUGUGCAGUCCAAUGCCAAGAAUUUAAGCGGUUUGACCUCCGAGUUUGUGAGCACGCAGGGUGACGUCCAUAUCCUCGCAGACAGGUUGGAGGUUGCACACGACUUCCUCCGCGGUGUUGGCAAGGGCUUCCAAGACGCCCACAAGCAGGAUUGUGAGUCAUCUCGAGUCGACUCCGAAUAUCCCACCAUGGUUCUGAUUGUGGUUGCUGUUGCCUUGCGCGAUAUUCAAUCGUGCGUGUUGGCUACGGUGAAGUACAUCGAGAAGCGGGUCCCCAAAAAGAUCGUCAAGUACGUGGAGAAGGUUGUCGAGGUUCCUCAGGUCAUCUAUGAGGAGCGAGCGAUAGAGGUACCGGAAGUCAUCAACGUGGAGGCAGUAACGCAGGUGCCUCGACCCCACGUCCAGUACAUCAAAAAGGAGGUGCCCAAGGUUGUUCUGCAACCGCAAGAGAAGGUCGUUGAGGUGCCUGUGACACUGACACAGGAGCGCCCCGUCGAAGUGCCCCAGGUCCAGAUUGCAGAAUUGAUGGUCCAGGUCCCCAAGCCUGAGGUGGAGAUGGUGGACAAAGAGGUGCCGAAACUGAUCCUCCAGCCAGAGGAAAGAAUAGUAGAGGUUCCCCAGGUCUUCUACGAAGAGAGAUUACGGCAUGUUCCACAAGUUCAGGUAGCUCAGGCUGUGAAGGAGGUGCCGAACUACCAGAAGCAAGUUGUGCAGAAGCACGUGCCCAAGAUCGUCGAGACCAAAGUGGUCGAGAAGGUCGUGCCGGUGCCAGUGAACUUGGUUCGAGAGACUGCUGUGGAGGUCCCAAAGGUGGUGCAGCACGAAGUGAUUCGACAGCAAGCUUCGGGUCCAAUGCAGCAGAGGAUCAUCCAGACAGGCCGGCAAUAUCAGCGAAGUGCGACGAAGGAGGAAGUUGUUUCUGGAACGGCAGAAGCUGAGCAUGGAGGCAUUUAUGAAGCUCCUGUGGCUUCCGUUCGUCAGAUUGCUCUCCCGAGCCAUGAAGUGGAAGUUUCCGCCGUCGUCACGGAGCAUUCCGUGUCCAAUGAGGCCCCCGUGGUGACCACGGUGAACCUCGCGCCCAACUAUCAGCAGGAGCCGGUUGGUCAGGCCAUGGGCCAGAUGGGCCAGACUGGCUGGAUGUGCCAGACAGUUGGCCCCAGAAUGGUCCAGCCCGUGACAGUCCAGUCCGCGGCUUCUGGGUUCCUUCAGCCUCAGCCUCAGAAGACUGUCACAAAAUUGCUGGAGCUUCACAGACCUUCGGCGAUGUUCACCUGUUGCACCUAG